GCCAUUGCAGCUGGAAAAAAGCUGCAGGAAGAGCUCAAGAAGGAGAUCAUCGAGGGUGUUGCAAACACGAUCCGUCUGACCAAUCCCAAAACGGGCAUCCGAAUGUCUGAGAUGGGCGGCCAUGCCAUCAUCCAGGCACUGAAGAACAAACACCAGGAGACGUUCAAGAACAUCCAGCUUUUACUCUUCAUCAAGGCACAUGACAAAGUCUUCUGGGUGGAUGAUCCCGAGAGCGGCAACCCCUUGGUCAGAUGUUUGGAGGACGUUGAAGCAGAGGUGGCCCCCGAUGAGAGACCGCUUGAGGAAAUCAUCGAAGAAAGACGAGCCGCACUGCCUCCUGGUGGAACCCCUGUGACACCGGAGACGUUCAAGGCCUGGAAAGAGAAAAGAGAGGCAGAAAGGUUGGCACAAGUGGAAGCAGACCGUCAAGAAAGUGCAAAGAAAGGCACCAAGGGCCUUGUCGGCAUGAGUGGCCGAGAUCUGUUCACGUACGAUGCAUCUCUCUUCAAAGACGAAGAGGGUGCCGUGUCGGCAGACGAGUAUGAUGAGCGGGAAGAGGACCCUGAGUAUGACGAUGAUGACGGCAAGACCCAUGGUAUAGCUCAAGAUUUGCAGGAUGAAGGUGAGGAUAGCGAGGACGAAGAAGCAGAGCCAGAUUCUGGUGCCAGAGGUAGCGAAGAUGUCAAGGAGGCAGGCGCCAUCAAUGAGAAGCUUUUCUUGGAGGAAGAGGAUCUGCCGGACGAUUUGGACGAUUUAGAUGAGGCAGAUGAAGAAGCUGUGGAGGAAGGCAAAGGAUGA